AUGGCACCUGUCUUAUCAAGUAAUUGGAAAUCCCUACAAGCCAUACUAAAGAAAAACCCCCCAGCAUCCAUCGAAGCCCAAAAACGAAAAGCCGCAGAACCUUCCGAAAGGACAAAAGACAGUAUCGCCAAACGCAGACGAUUAGAAGGCAACACACUUAAAACCCGAUCAAUCGCUGAAGCAAAAGGAACAGCAACGAAGAGGAAAGCGAUGGGGGGAAUGGGAAGUUCACCAAUUUUGGAAUCGACGGAAGAUGAUACUCCACUUCCUAAAAAUGCACCGUCUGCCUCUUUAGCUCUUUGGGCGGAAGACAAUGAUAUCUCUGCGAAGGAUCUCGCGGAAGCUUAUGGAGGGAAUUUAAAAGAUACGACGAUACAGGGUGCACGAGCUGAUAAGAUCAAUGGGGGAUUAUCCACCGAUGUCGACAUAGGGAAAUACAUCGGGAUAGAUUGUGAAAUGGUAGGUGUAGGAGGUGCAGAGGAUCGAUCAGUAUUAGCACGCGUUAGUAUAGUGAAUUUUCACGGCACGCAAGUAUACGAUUCAUUUGUGCGACCUCAGGAAUUUGUGACGGAUUGGAGAACUCAUGUUUCCGGGGUUUCGACGAAGAAUAUGGCGACGGCGAGGGAAUUCGACGAGGUACAGAAAGAUGUUGCUGAGAUAUUGAAGGGGAGGAUAUUGAUUGGACAUGCAAUUAAGAAUGAUUUGGAAGCGAUGAUCUUAAGUCAUCCAAAGAGAGAUAUACGCGAUACAUCGAAGUUUUCAGGCUUUAGGAAAUACAGUAACGGGAGAACACCAAGCUUGAAAAAGUUGUCAAAGGAGAUAUUAGGUGUGGAUAUUCAAGGUGGUGAACAUUCUAGUAUUGAGGAUGCGAGAGCAACGAUACUUUUGUUCCGGAAACAUAAAUCGGCUUUUGACAUCGAACAUGCGAAGCAUAAUCCUUCGCAUUCUGGUGCUUCGUCAAAAUCUAAGCCAAAGAAGAAGAAGAAAGGGAAACGUUGA